AUGGAAAUUGCGGGCGUUAUAGAAGAUUCCAAAGACUUUCAAAACGUAAAAGAAAAUAUUGUGCAAAAUAUGUUAAAUAAUAUUCAGGAGGAAGAGAAUAUACAAAGAUCAGAAUCCCCAGAGCUUAUGGCAAGAUUAGCACCCUGUCAAUAUAACAAUCUUUCAGAAGUCACAGAUAGUCUAAUUUUAACCUCAGCAAGUUCGUUAAAUUCGCAAAUUUUGGAAAUGUUUAAUAUAUCUUGUAUAAUAUCUUGUGCCCCAGAGCUACCAGAUCCACCUCAUCGAGAGGACGCUAUUUACCAUAAAAUUGAUAUUAUGGACUCCGGGUAUUCAAGAAUAUUACCAUAUUUUGAUAAGUCUGCAGAUCUUAUCCACCAGGUCUCAAAUUUGGGAGGCAAGACGAUGGUUUACUGCGUAGCGGGAGUCAGUCGUUCUGCCAGUAUCUGCAUAGCAUACCUCAUGAAAUACCACAAACUAUCUUUACUGGAAUCCUACAAUUACGUAAAACUUCGAAGGCCCAGGAUCAAACCUAACUGCGGUUUCUUUAAACAGCUUAUAGAGUACGAGAAGCAACUGUUUGGUUGUAAUACUGUCCAGAUGGUGUUCAAUGAGUUUGUUCAAAUGGAAAUACCUGACGUAUAUGAUGCUGAUUAUAGGCCCAUUACUAGUUAUUCUAAAAAGAUAAAAAAUGGAAGGUACUGA